AUGGCCUUUGAGGACGAAGCGCGCAUUAGGUACUCGGACACAAUGCCAAUGAGCUUGUGCCGAGAAUACAAGCCAUUCGAACUAAAUGAAAUUAUUAAUCAGGAGACCAUGAAUAAAAAACACUUGGUAUAUGAUGCCUGUAACGAGAUUGCCCAACUGCACCUUACCAUAGGAUUCAGAUCAAGACAGGAUUCACCGAGGCUGUCAAUGUGUCAAUCGAGAUCGAAGCGGAUUAACUUUGGGCCGAACCUGCGGACGAUCGACCCGUCAUGCCGGCGCUACUACCAAAGUAGGAUAGCCUCAUGCUUCUCCAGAUCAUCGUCCUCCAUAAUCCUGGUGGCUUCCACGAUCACUGUACAUGAACAUACCUCGGCAUGUGCGUCUCUCCGCUUCUCCAUUGCUUCCCCUCGUCCACCAAGCAUCCAACUACAUUCUUCCAAUUAUCACCGUUGCUCCGCAUUUCACCUGCCCUGCUCCUAG